AUGUCCGCCAUAUCUCCAAUCCCAGCUCUCUUCUCCACCCCGGGCAAGAUCGCGGUCGUCACUGGCGGCUCUCGUGGUCUAGGUCUCCAUGCUGCCACUGGUUUACUCCUAUCCGGCUGCUCGAAAGUUUAUAUUACUUCCCGUAAAGCUUCAGCUUGUGAGGAAGCUGUCAAGGCGCUCAAUUCUAUAAAGGGAAUCCAUGGAAAGGCUAUAUCUGUUCCCGCUGAUAUCUCCAAACCUGAAGAGAUCACGCGGUUUGUCCAGGAACUUCAGAAGGAUACGGAUCAUGUUGAUAUCCUAGUUGCGAAUGCCGGUGCCACUUGGGGUGCUCCAUAUGGUAGUUGGAAGAAGGAGUAUUGGGAUAAAGUUAUGACUUUGAAUGUUACUAGUGUUUUUUUGCUGGUUCAAGAAAUGACACCCCUCCUCGCCAAAAACGCUACAGUCACGGACCCCUCCCGUGUAAUCACAACCUCCUCGGUCGCAGGAAUCAAAGGCUUUUCAACUGGUCAAAACGCUACAUUCUCUUACUCAGCCUCCAAAGCUGCGGUAAUGCACCUAACCAAGCAUCUUGCUGUCGCCCUCGCCCCUCAGCGGAUCCUGUGCAACUCCAUCGCACCGGGGUUUUUCCCAUCAAAGAUGGCUAACGCUUUGAUCGAUAUUUACGGUGGCCUGGAUCAUCUGGCGAAGAAGAAUUUGAAUGGAAGAGUUGGGAUUGAAGAUGACUUUGCGGCGUUAGUGGUGUUCUUGUCAGCGAAGGCCAGUGGUCAUGUUAAUGGCGUUGUUAUCCCGUUAGAUGGGGGUGGACAUCUUGUUGGCGAUAUCUUUGGGGAAGAGGAAGGCGAAGCGCCGAAAGCGAAGUUGUAG